AAAGCAGCGAGAAAAAUGUCAUCUCGUAAAGGUACUCGUAGUUCUCGUAUUGUUACGCUAGAGCGCUCAGCGAAUUCGUCGCUAAGCAACAAUGGAGGAGGCGACGAUUCAUUUGGCUCAACGCUUCUAGAAACUUCACGUCUUCAAGAGAAAGAUCAUUUGACUUCACUCAACAGUCGUCUUGCCACUUACAUCGACAAAGUUCGUCAAUUGGAGCAAGAGAACAACAGACUCCAGGUUCAAAUUCGCGACAUCGAAGUUGUUGAAAAGAAAGAGAAGUCAAACUUGGCCGAUCGCUUCGAGGCGGAAAAGGCUCGUCUCCGUCGUGCCCUCGAUUCGGCUCAAGAUGAGCUCGCAAAAUACAGGAUCGAGUAUGACGCUGCAAAGGUUGAAGUAAAGAAGUUGAAGCCACAAGUCGAAAAACUUGAGAGAGAACUCGCUGGAGCUGAGGAACAAGCCCUCCAUGCCCAAUCUAUUGCUGAUCAAAGUCAAGCAAAACAGAAGACGUUGCAGGCACGCAACGAUAAAUUGGUGGUGGAGAAUGAUGAUCUCAAAAAGCAGAACAUCACUCUUCGUGACACCGUAGAAGGACUCAAGAAAGCCGUUGAAGAUGAAACUCUUCUCCGAACAGCCGCCAACAAUAAAAUCAAGGCUCUGGAAGAAGAUCUCGCUUUUGCUCUUCAACAGCACAAGGGAGAACUUGAAGAAGUUCGUCACAAGAGACAGGUCGACAUGACAACCUACGCCAAGCAGAUUAAUGAUGAGUAUCAAUCUAAGCUUCAAGAUCAAAUCGAAGAGAUGCGUGCUCAGUUCAAGAACAAUUUGCAUCAAAACAAAACAGCUUUCGAAGAUGCCUACAAAAACAAGCUCAAUGCUGCUCGUGAACGCCAAGAGGAGGCUGUAUCCGAAGCAAUCCAUCUUCGUGCCCGUGUUCGUGACUUGGAGACAUCAAGCAGUGGAAAUGCUUCGCUCAUCGAACGUCUUCGUUCAGAGCUCGACACUCUGAAGAGAUCGUUCCAAGAGAAGCUCGACGACAAGGAUGCUCGAAUUGCUGAACUUAAUCAAGAGAUCGAGCGCAUGAUGAGCGAGUUCCACGAUCUUCUUGAUGUUAAAAUCCAAUUGGACGCCGAACUCAAGACCUACCAAGCUCUCCUUGAGGGUGAGGAGGAGCGUCUCAAUCUUACUCAGGAGGCGCCACAAAACACUUCAGUUCAUCACGUCUCGUUUUCAUCCGGAGGAGCAAGCGCUCAGCGCGGAGUGAAGCGUCGUCGCGUUGUCGAUGUAAAUGGAGAGGACCAAGACAUUGAUUAUCUCAACCGUCGCUCCAAACUCAACAAAGAGACUGUUGGCCCAGUUGGAAUCGACGAGGUUGAUGAGGAAGGAAAGUGGGUCCGUGUUGCAAACAACUCUGAAGAAGAACAAUCCAUCGGAGGAUACAAGUUGGUGGUCAAAGCUGGAAACAAAGAAGCCUCCUUCCAAUUUUCAUCUCGUAUGAAGCUCGCUCCACAUGCUAGCGCCACCGUUUGGUCUGCGGAUGCUGGUGCCGUUCACCACCCACCAGAAGUCUACGUUAUGAAGAAGCAACAGUGGCCAAUUGGAGAUAACCCAUCAGCUCGUCUUGAGGAUAGUGAAGGAGACACUGUUUCUUCUAUCACCGUUGAAUUCAGCGAAUCAUCGGAUCCAUCGGACCCAGCCGAUCGUUGUUCCAUCAUGUAAUUGAGAGUCGAUAUUACAUCAAUCCAUUUGGACCUCAUUUUUACAUCUAUCUCUUCCUAAUAUUCCUUCUUGUUGUGUUGUCCUCGAGAGUUACACUGAUCCUCUUCUUUUUCUCUGUCCCUCCUACGUUUUAACCGUGUUCUUGUUGUUAAUAUACUAGAAUAUGGCAAUAAUUUUGUUUUAAGGAAAUCUCGAAAUUUCACUGCCCUCUUUCCAAGAACACACCUUUCCCUAAGACUAGAUCCAAUUUCCAUUUUUUUGAAUUCAUUGAGCUCACCGUCAAAAUGUAAAAUAGCUCGUUUUUAACCAUUUGCAACAAAAGCAUCAAUCAAACUCCCUGUCUUCCAAUGAUGUUUCUUCCAACUUACCGAUCGGUGUCGCUCAUUAAAAUUUCAAAGUGUAUUUCGUUUAUUUAACUUCAAAAACAUGAAAUAUUUCUUUUCUUUC